GCUCUUGUUAUUGAUGUCGCUAGGCUUGUGCACUGCUGGUGCUGACGUAACCUGACGCACACAAAGACAGUGGAUCCGCCUCCAAACUCGACUCACUCCGCAACCAAGUCAGUGCUCAGUGCUGUGCGCACCGAGCCCCGUCCCCGCUAUUAUCGCUUCGUCUCUGCUGCUUCUCUGUCAUCCCCUUUCCUCCAUCACUUCCUCCUACAUUAUAAUAGUUUCACUGUGCUUGCCUGCGGUCGGCUAACUAGGAAGCGUGGGGAGCGUGGCUCUUCACUUUCGUAUGAUAGAGAGGAGGUAUGGCGGAGAGGACUGUCAUUAUUCAGAAAACAACAGCCAAAGCAUAUUAAUCCAAAACAAGCAACUGGGACGACGAAAGAUUCGAUAACUGCAAAAUGGCAACAACUACUUAUUCUGGAUUAUGGUCGUGACAUGUUCUGAACUCUGCGCGAAGUUUUAAUGUCAUGCAUUUUUACUUUGUUUUUGGCGCACGGUAAGGACGGUUUUCCAAACCUCUAUUUUGCGUCGCUGUCAGUGACUUUUAUUCAUUGACAUUUUCAACAUGUCAUUGGGAUCGUAACGACGUAUAAUUUCCACUUUUGGUAUUUUUCUUUUAAACAUUGUCCUGGGCUGGGUGGUAGUGUACUUGUGUCCCUUUGCGUUUUAAAUCUGGCACACUCACUGACCGCCGCCGUGCUGCACGAGCCCUUUAAUAAUUCAGUGUAAAUCUGUGGACGUGUGUUGGCACCCGCGACCGAUAUGGGGGCUAAGCAGAGCAGCCCAGCCGCUAACGGACGGACCAGGGCUUACUCGGGCUCGGAUCUACCUUCUAGCACAUCUACUACCAGCAAUGGGAACGGUAGGACUGCAGCCAUGGCAAUGAGCUAUCACGCGUACGGCCCGUCCGCUCACGGGGCCUCGGGAACCACAGCGACCUCCAGCCAACACAUUGGCCCCAGGACGAGGUCCGUGGGAGGCAGUUCUGGAGGGUCAGGGACAAGACCCCAGUCAGGCAUCAACAUCCCCAACAGCAGUGGAGCCUACAGCUCGCAUGAGUCUGGCAGCAGCACCCCGGAGGAGGCAGAAAGGGACAGGUCCAGCGGGGGGCAAGGGGGUCCCCGGUUGUUGAUUGGAUCGUUACCAGCACACCUUUCACCUAACCUCUUUGGAGGCUUCAAGUGCCCUGUCUGUUCCAAGUUUGUCUCCACAGAUGAGAUGGACCUACACCUCGUCAUGUGCUUGACCAAACCCAGAGUGACGUAUAACGAGGACGUCCUGAGUAAGGAUGCAGGUGAAUGUGCAAUCUGCCUAGAGGAGCUGCUACAGGGGGACACCAUUGCUCGCCUGCCCUGUCUCUGCAUAUACCACAAAGGCUGUAUUGAUGAGUGGUUUGAGGUGAACAGAUCGUGUCCAGAACAUCCCUCAGACUAAAAGGGCCUCGCUACUUUUCUCCACAGGUUUCUUACUCCCUCGAUAAGAAGAGUGAUCUGCACCAAUAACAACAGUCCUCAAUGUGAAUCCCCUCCCCUUCCCCGUCGCCUACGAGACUGCUGGACAGAUACACUGUGACUCUAUGGCCAGUACAGAACUGACCCCUCACCCUGACCUACCCCUCUACCCCCACCACCUCCAGUACCUCUCAACAGCCCUCAACACAUCUCAACUCAAACCAGUCAAUUACCACAGUGUGCCAAAACUCAUUAAAAGCAAUCUUCAGGGAAACUACAUUUAAUGCUGAUCUAUCUAUUUAUCUCCACACACACACACAAUAUGCUCCAAGACAAGACCAGACAGACACAGACACACACAUUCACAAAUACACACUCACAAACUCAACCAACCUCUGCUUUGUCCUCACAGACAGACAGACCGACAGACAGACAUGCUUAUCUGCCAACCUGAUGUUGAGGGGAAGACACAACACCUCUGUUGCACAACUAUCCAAUCAGGAAAAGCUGUUGCUCUCAACACGCCCUCUCACUCUCUGUGGCAUCAAUGAAACGGCUGUAUAUGGCACCCACAGACGUUUGGCCUUCCAUCCUUUGGCUGUGCCUCAGUGAUUGAGCUGCUGUGAUUGGCUGAGCUCCAGGGCUGCUGUGACUUGGGAUUCCCUCCUCCUGUGUUAUAGGACAGCAGAUCCAGGUCUCCUCCCAUCUGUUUGGGCUGAGUGAUUGUACACCUGGACAUUUCGGGGAGCAAGCUGAGGGAAGAAGGGGCGAGGGGAAGUCAGUCCUCAUCCCCCUCUCCCACUCUUUACCCCUCCUCAACAACUGUGUCUACCAGUGCCUUCACCUUCGGAUCCUAAUGGCCUACCAGGGCAGAGUCAGGACAACAGAACAGAACAGUAUGAUUGGUGGGUGGGGGACAGAGGGAGGGAGGGAGGUCAGGUAUCAGUCUAUACUAUAGCCUCCCUCCCAAGCCCUUCCCUCUGUGUGUUGUUGACUGGAUGUGGACAGACGGAGAGAGACCCAGCCGAGAGCCAGACUCUGAAUGUGAAACUCUGCUUAACUCUAACCGCUACUCCACUGGGACAUGACUGUAACUCGCCCUGGCUGCUAGCCACACUGAAAUUAGAAGUGCCCUGCUAUACGCUGUCCCACUACAUGGUGGCGCAAAAGAGCCCCCCCUCGCUCUCUCUUUCUCACUCUCUCCUUUCACCUGACUAGCUAUCUAACUCACAAUCCCUCAAUGCCUCUGUGAUAGCAACAUGACAUGAACUGGACUGUGCUACCAGAAGCGCGUGGCUCGGCUAGUGGCAACUACAACUCCCAGCAGGCACUUCUCUGGAGUGAGAAUGUUCGUCAUAGUUUUUGUAGCAGCAAUACCUGUCUGUCUGGGACAUGAGGCCCUCUGUGCUUAGCCUGGAUCCCAACUGAAUUACUGUGUUUCACAAUUGUUUUACUGUACACCUUCAGUCUGGCAAUUGUGAAGAGGAGCAAUUCAGUUGGGAUCCAGGCUACAAUGUGCUGACCCCAGAUCAGAUAUCCCCCUCCCCCAGGGUGACAUUACAUGGUGUAUAUACUCCAGCCUUCUAUAGGGUUUACACACCCAUCCUCUUCUCUCACUCAUUAUUUAUCAUCAUGAGACUUAUCAGUUAUUAUUAUGCAAAUGAUUUGUUUUAAGUGUGCAGAUUUGACAUAAUGGUGUAAUUUCAUAUGUGUGUAUGUAUGUGUGAGUUAUAGUAAAACUAAGUUGGGCCUUAAUGCAAAAAGAAUGACAAUAACAACUAUAUGUCUUCUAGUCAUGUUUGUCAAUUUCAGUUAUGUUUCAAUUAGCUGCCUGAGAUAGCACACUUUUUACCCAAUCAUAAUCAUCUACCAAUCAACCAAUCAGCCUAUCACAGUAGAGGUGGGAGGGCGGACCAGGAAGUUGGGGAUUGGCGGAGCUCCAUGCCAAAGCCAAUCAGAAUAAGGGGAAGACUGAUGUAUUAAAAAAAUGUAUCAUUAGAAUGUUGGAUCCCCGAAACUUUGUCAGUGUGUUUGAGUGUUUUACACAUUUCUUAUCGAAUACAUUUCAGCUUCCAGCAACCCUGUGUUGUAAUAUUUAAACAAGGCCUUGAUGUUGUUCUCUUUAAUGGUUUGAGAGCUUUCCCAGGAUGCGCUGCUAACUAGUAUACUGAGGUUCAGAAAGACCUCCAUCUCCUCCAUUGGGUUGUGAAUACGGGCAGAGUAAGAAACUGAUAGACAAAUUCAAUGAAUAAGAUGAAAGGCUUUAUUGGCUAAGUUUUUUACAAUUAUUGUGGGGGGUUUUCAAUCUCCAGAGUUUAGAGAUUUUAGAUUAUAGUAUAUUAUUAUGACAGAUCUAGGAAUAAGAUACAUAUUAUUUAUAUUGGUUGCCCAAUUCAAACUAGUAACAACCAGACAGACAAAAUAACAUUUAUAGGGGAUCUGGGUAUUAUGGUUUGGAUGUACUAAAGAUAGUGUUACCAUGGCAACUGGGUCAGCUACACCCUUUAAACUGUGGUUUCUCCAAAAGUGCCAUCGUCAUGGCUCUACAAUGUGCUGCUAACAACUUAUUUUUCAAGAAGUAAAGUGAGGCAUAAAGCACUUUGGAAUUGGACAAUAAAAAGCCCCCACCCAAAUGGACUGUUUCCCCAUUUGUCAUCAUGUACUAUAGCUAAUAAAGUUUUAUCUAAAUCCAUGGGAGUUUCUCCUCAUUGCACGUCAGUGAGGGAGAAACUAUAAUAUCUGGUCUGGUUUGUCCCAUGGCUACUGUACUAUAAGCAAUGUGAUUUUGAAAUGUUGUCUAAUGGCUCACGAUUGUGAAGCAUACUACUGUAUGUGUACAAUAUGCCCAUAUUGUCAUGGGUAUAUGUGUAGCACAGAGGACCCUCCCUAGAUAGCCUACCAGAACAGCCUUAUAUGAGCCACUGUAGCUAGAAUCAGUUUUAAAGCACAUUCUCCCCCAUUUCAGUUUUGUUAGUCUUUUAUUUUGGAUGUUUGGGUUUCUUUGGGGGGCGAGUGGGGAGAGAGCCUAGCACCUAAACUGAUUUCGCUAUGUUUCACUGUAGAGAAUUCAGUUUGGAUGUCAGGCUAGUGGGAAGGGAGGGGGGUUUUAGGGUCAUUCUGUGUAAAUGUUUUGGUUUUGCUGCUUAUGCUACAGUUGCCAGAUCUGAGCCCAUAACAAUCCAAUUGGAUCGAUGUCUAUCCAAAUCUACCGUGUUGAAAAAAGCUCCAUAUGGAUUGACUUGAUGCAGUGUUUAAAACAGUCAACAUAUAGGAAUGUGGGAUGUGUUAGAGAACACACCCAUGUCAUCAGGUAGAGCGCUAUACUUGAUGUUCCAUUCAUGAUACUAUAAUAUACCAUGACAGCGAACAUACUGUAGAUUAUUAUUAUUAGUUGGGGAUGAGCUUGCUUGAAUGAAGGUGGAGGUGUAGUAGGGCUUUAAGUAAUAGUUGAGAGGUGAAGGAAACUAUUUUUAUUUGGGUUAAACCCCCCAAGGUACUUCAGAGACAGGCCGACAGUACAUGCCUAGAAAUUUUAUUUUAGAAACUAUUUAGACAUACAGUAUGUUAUAACAUUCCAUUUAUGUAAAAAUAUGUACAGAAUGACAUUAAAAGAGCAAAACUUUUGGAGCACAUU